GUCCUGUCAAUCUGUCCCAAAGAUAUGCGAGCAGACAUCUGUGUCCACCUUAAUAGACAGGUGUUCAAUGAGCACCCAGCAUUUCGACUGGCCAGUGAUGGCUGCUUGCGCUCUCUAGCGGUUGAGUUCCAAACCACACACUGCGCCCCAGGGGACCUCAUAUUCCACGCUGGCGAAAGUGUGGACACCCUUUGCUUUGUAGUAUCCGGGUCAUUGGAAGUUAUUCAGGACGACGAGGUCAUCGCCAUUCUAGGUAAGCACCCCUGGGAUGUGUGGCACCCCUGAAAUCUGUGGCACCGCUGAUAAAUUCUGAAUCAAUUAAGGAUUAAACUGAGAGGAGCACAUGUGUUUGUGUUUGUCUUAAAAUACCCUGAGAAUGCUGUUCAUGGAAUGACAAUCUAUGAACUUGACAUUUUGAAGCAAUAGAUAUAUUUUUGUUUAGAUUUGUGUUAUUAUAGGGAAGGACAGUUGUACUAUGCUCUCAAGGCAAAGUUAGGCAGUGUUUAAGUGGAUAGUUCACCCACAUUUCCUUACCCUGUAAGCAGUCUAUGGACAAGGUAUGAGAGAUAUCUAUGUUGUAUUAAAACAUAAAAAAAUGAAAAAACAUUAAAACAAGGAGUCAUGUUGAGACCAAGGUCUAUUUUUCAAAUGAUCUCUGCAGAAUACAAAAUACACACAUCAGUUACGAAUACGAAAGGCAAUCAACAAAUAGGAAAUACAAAGAAAAAAAACAGAAAUACAAAACAGGAUCAUUAAAAGCAAGAAACUUUUGUUGUGUGUGUAGUUUUUCCACAGUUCGAAAUCUAGUGGGGGGAACUUGGUAGGGGGAACACUUCAGGGAGUUUAACGGUAGCUCAUGCAAGGUACACCAAUCUGGCCACUGUUCCAAAUGCUAACGUUUUACAAUUUGUGGCAGAAAUUGUCCAAAUCAUCAAUAAGGAACUUAAUUGAGCUACACAAUCAAUUUGACAUACUUUAGGAUAAUUUGGACAUGAAACUAGAAAAUGCUGUCAUACCUUCUGUCAUACCUUGUCAAUAGACUGCUUACAGGGUAAGGAAACCAAUGAACAGCAGGGAAUCUUAAAAAUAAGUGUACCUUGCAUGAGUUACUGUUAAAACUCCCUGAAGUGUUCCCUCUACCAAGUUCUAGAUUUUGAAUUGUGGAUAAACUACACACACAUCAAUCCCUGUGCUCUGUCACUGUGCUUAAAGGCCCAAUGCAGCUGUUUUUAUCUCAAUAUCAAAUAAUUUCUGGGUAACAAUUAAGUAGAAACAAAAAUAGCUUCUUAACAAAGAGCCAUUUCUCAAGGAAGAAUUUUGCUCUGGGAGUGGUCUGAGCAGGGAGGGGAAAACUGAAAACGAAAUGUUAUUGGCAGAGAGGUUUGGAACUCUCUUUCUUAUUGGUCUAGGCAGGCCAAAACUCCAUCCCACCAAAACAGGCUGAAAUGUCAGGCUGUCUUUUCAAAUAGCUCUUACACUAAAAGGGCAUUAUCAUAAUUUUCACAAUUUCACAGUAUUAUUCCAACCUCAUAGUGUGAACCUUCAGGCUCUGAUCAGACCCUACACCCAAACGAGGGCACUACGUUCAUCCCCCUCUGGCCUGCUAGACCCCCUACCUCUACGGAAGCACAGUUCCCGCUCAGCCCAGUCAAACCUAUUCGCUGCUCUGGCACCCCAAUGUUGGAACAAGCUCCACCACGACGCCAGGACGGCGGAGUCACUGACCACCUUCCGGAGACACUUGAAAUCCUACCUCUUUAAGGAAUACCUGUAAUAGUCUAACAGUAAUCCUUCUACACCCCCACCCCCUCCCCCAGUGGUGGUUGUCCCACUAGCUAUCCUAAGUUGAAUGCACCAAUUUGUAAGUCGCUCUGGAUAAGAGUGUCUGCUAAAUGACUUAAAUGUAAAAUGUAAAUGGACAUAUAUAUAAACACAGGAAAAGCACGCUUUUGACUGCACCAGGCUUUUAAGGUUGAAAAGGUGGAGAGGGUGGCAAAGCAACACUUUUCCUUAAGUUACUCUGUUGAUGACACUAACCAACUCAUUUCAUACAUGCAAACAGAUAAUUUGUUCGUUCGACAGGGUGGGAUCUUUUUGUGUCGGUAAAAUUAAUUAUGCAAAAAUUGGUGGUGGAAAUGCCUUUAUGCACAAAUAUUUAUAUAAUAACCAUCAUGUCGAAGUUAACUUGGAGUCACGCGAUGAUAUGGUGUGUGGUCCUCCCACUACGACCAGACUACGACUCCGGAAACCAUGCAGUUUAUUAGGCUACACAUGAAAUAAGUUAUGAUGAACUUCACAGGGUGGUGAAAGUGCACGGUGAUGUACUUGAUGCUACUUUCCAAUAAAUGUCGGGGGUCUUAUUCUGGUGACAUGAUGAUCGUUGCUUGACUGUCGUUUGACAAAUAAAAAUAUUCUCACUCUUAUCCAUAAUAAUCUCAUCAUGUAAACUAGCCUACCCAGACAGCCUAUCCACACUGUAUCUGCGAGCUGUUGGCUAAAGCGCAUGUGCCAAGAUCAGAGUAGGCACAUUUGCUAGCUAACGCAACAGUUUUUGUGACAAAACUAUCGGUAGAGUUGAAAAUGCGAUGGAGACGCAUUGACCUUUAGAUUUUAAUAUUUGUGUGCACUACAUCAUCACGCACUGGUUUUUAUCCGCAAACAGUAUGUUUGGUGGGAACACACCACUGGUGGGAGAAUUUGCAUAUUCUCUUUAUGCCAAUUUUAGAAUAUUCGUUUGAAAAUCUGUCGCCAAUUAGAUGGAAACCUAACUAGUAACAAAUUUGGGGUGAAUUUUUUGGGUAAUGCUACUUUUCGUUUUCCUCAGGUAAGGGAGAUGUGUUCGGGGAUGUCUUCUGGAAGGAAGACAAUCUGGCACAUGCUUGUGCCAAUGUGCGGGCUCUCACCUACUGCGACUUGCACGUCAUUCGGAGAGAUGCUCUGCUGAAGGUGUUGGAGUUCUACACUGCUUUCGCUAACACAUUCUCCCGCAACCUAAUUCUCACCUGCAAUUUGCGCAAACGG